AUGCCAAAAGAGCGUAAAUUCCGCAAGGCAGACUCAAAAGAUGUUGAGAAAAAGUCAAAGUCGCCUAGAUUCAGCAACUUAAAGGUGUAUGGCGAUACCCUUCGAUCAUAUCAGCAGAAACGACAAUCAGAACAUAAAGAGCCCCUCAAAUAUAUGCGCACUGCAUUAUUUCAUAUUCUGAACGAUAGAUGGACCGGCAAGAGGAAAAGGGAACUAUCGAACAAAAGUCAGAAGUUCUGCUCUAGGGUUGGCAAUAUCUAUAUCAAGGCACUUGAGCUGGCCUUGGAAAUGGGGAAUACAGAUGAAGAUGUUGACAUGGAGUGGCAGUACGAGCCGACAAAACCUGUACAUCUUGUUCGGACAAGAGAGGAAGAGGCUUCCUAUCCUGAUGGAGCGGUUGUCUCGCCAUGGGAGACAGAGACCAACACGACAUGCCGGAGUACCGCCAACGAACCCGAUUCUGGACAGAGCUCAAGCAGCAUAGAUGACAGCCUUUGA